UUGUUAUCGGUUUAAGUUAUUGUUGUUUUUAACUAUGUUCGUUCAUCAUUUGUCUCAGGUUAACCAAAAUGGGACAAGAUUAUAGCUACUCCCAGCCUUCUUCAUCAUCAAACUCUCUAGACAUGAGCUCCCUUCUUGAAGCAGAAGCUAAGCUGUACGCGGAUGAAGCUGAGAGUCUCUACUGCAAUGCAGAGCCGGAUCAGUUCCCACCUCAACGAGAGGCUGAUGAUGGAAUCCCGACGGCAUGCUACUGUGGUGCUCAGCCUGUUGUCGAAUGCUCUUACACACCUAAAGAUCCAUACAGAAGAUACUUCACGUGUGCCAAUGUCGAUGAUGGGGACUGCCACAUAUGGAAAUGGUGGGAUGUGGCUUUAAUGGAGGAGAUGAGUGAGUUUCAGAGACAUCUCAGGCAGCUCAAAGAUCAAGCUUUUGAGUGUGACCAGAAGCUGCUUAAGCUACAGAAGACCUUGUGUGAGCUAAAGAAGAAAUCAGAGACUACAAAUGCCUUUGCAUUGGCACUUUGUGUAAUGGUGUCCGCAUUAGUUUUCAUAGGUUUGGCUGCUAUGUUCCUGAGUGGUAAGUAUCUGUCUUGUGCUUUUGGUUGUUGUUCAUUCUACUUAGUAAAACUUUUGACUGUUUGAUCAAAUGUUUUUGCAGGAAGAGCUUCAAAGAAGUAAACCAGAC